CCUGGUCGUGUGGAUCAAACCCACCCUUCUACCAACUGGAGACACCCACAGCAGCCCAAGUCCUGUUUGGAAAUCCAGAACCAGUUAAAACAGAGGGAGGAGAGGUCGGCUUCUCUCUCAGUUCAACCACAGGACAAGGAGCCCAUGUUGGACUUCAUGCUUAACCAGUCAGAAACUGGGCAGCGGUUUGAGGAGGAGGUCUUCAGGGGCUUCAGUAAUGAGGAAUAUGAAAGAGAAGCUUCUCAUUUUGGGAGUGCAAAAUCAAAGAUAUAUCUCAAAGAUGGAACACCAGUCCAAUCUUCAGCACCACAAACUGUUCCUGGCUCACAGAGCGUGGAAAUGGAGGAAAGCUCUCUCCCACAUCUCUUCAACUGCAGUGACAUCAACUUCUCAUGCCCUGGACACAGCACAGGACCCAUGAGUGGUUGUGGAUACUCGCCAAGUUACUCUUGUAGAGAAGGUUACCUCAGUUCAGACUCAAAUGAUGAUGAAGACUUCUGCCAGCCGUGUCUACAGGCUUCUUCUUCUUCAUAUAUGGAACAAUCCUGUUGUGCAGAUGCUCCAAACCUGGUCUCACAGGAGAAACCAGAAUGUCCCAGGCCUCUCACCCCGCUCAUAAAACCCCAAAUGAACCUCAGAGUUGAUCAGAGAGUUAUGGAGUCUGCGGCUUGCCCAGACAAAGCCUUAGGCCAACAGACAGGAAGCAGCACGGCUCAGUUUGCAUCUCCUCAUCCUCUGGCUCAAACUCAGAGCCCAGAUCUUUGCAAAUGCAAAAAAGCAUCCGGUGAAACCCGAGACGCGGGAACUCAAACUGUGGAAAUCCCGGCAGCUGAGACACAUGACGCCUCCACUCAGUGCAGGUUUGUUGCAGACAGAGUAUCCAAGGUCCCUGAGAACAGCUUGUACCUGCCACCUGUCGACAUGUCAGUACAACACGCAGCCACAGGGAGGCAGACGGAUACCGCUACAGAGCCAAACACACACACAGUUUCAUCGGGCAGCUCAGGGAGCGGAGGGAAGAAUACGCCCUGGGGCAAGAUGAAAUCCAAAGCUGGUUCCCUGUCAGGCAGCAGCAUCAUGAACAAACUCAAUGCUGACGGCGGUGACAGCAAAGUGUUCCCACAGAGAUCCAUAAACUGCUUUCUAGAUGCACUGACUGAUGGCAGAGGUAAGGAGAAUGGAGAGGGCAGAGAUGAGAGAGGGCAACAAGAGAACGGCCCACUGAUGAAAGGAUACUCUGAGGAGGUGAGGGAGGAGGUCACAUCUGCCACCAGAGUUAACAGACUCUCAGAAGAGGCUGAAACACUUCAGGAAAUAGCUGACAUUUUGCUCCUGCUCAAGCAGAGGGGGAAGGAGGGAUGGUAAGGAUGGAUGGACUGUGGGAGGGAGGAAAUAAAAAACAUGCCUGUUCUGUGCAUGUUUAAGUUUAAGCACAAAAACCACAUAAAAUGUUUAGUGUUUGUUAUUAUAGGUGUUAAUAGAGACACAGGGAACGUUACGCUGAUUGAAGUUUAUUUCUUUCCCCAUAUACAUAUUCAAGUGUUAAGAUUUCAUGAAGAUAUUUAUUUUUUAUAGAAUAUAAACUCUAGCAAAACAUUUACAGCUUGAACAAGAAUCAAAUAAACUAUACAGCACUCUUUUUUGUUAAAUUAGUAUUUUUGUAGUUCCUCGUAAACUGUAGAAACACAUGUAGUUGGUUCACAUAGAAAAAAACUGCAACCAUUUCACCAUAAAUAUACAUUUAACCGUCCCCGCUGUUAUAUAGGACAGUGUUAACACGAUUUCACUUCUAGGGCCGGACAUCACAUGAUCCUUAUCAUCUUUGAUGAAGUGCAGCCUCACGUUAAGAUAUUUGGUCGACACAAGUUUUCAUUACACACUCUGUGUUACGGACGGCUGCGUCUGUGUGUGUUGUAGUAAUACUCUGAGUACAAAACUAGUUUGUGUAGUUUUAAGACACCUCAUCCUGGACCGAAUGAAGUUAAAACAAUACCUUACCCUGCGUGGUUACUUUUCCUCACUUUUUUAGGUUGAUAAGCCAAUUUUAGAAGGUAGAAAAACUCAGAGGCCAGUCAUUUUUUCUGAAUAAACAGAAAAUGCAG